AUGAUACAUCAUAUCUACCAGCACUACUGCAUUCUGAACCAAUUGAAGUUUCCAAAUGAUUUUCAUGGCAGCCCCAUUGAGACCAAUCAGAAGGAAGAUGGCAGUGAAAUGAUGGGAAAAAUUAUGAAUGCUUUGGAGGAAUACGAACUUGAAAAAUUAAUGAAUAUGGAUAAAGAUCAAAAUGAUAUUCCUGAGUUAAUGUUAAUCAGAAAAAAGAUAACACCUAUUAUCAAGAAAGCUGAGGUUGGCGAAGGACUGUCUAAACUGAUAAAUGGAAAUGAUGAAAAGAGGAAAAAGACUCUCCCUUACCAUCAUUCUGUCCCUGGUGGACUCCAUACUGGGAUGUCUAUAUAUGUGCAAGGCACAGUGCCCAAACAUGUCAAAAGAUUCUGUGUGUACUUUGCCUGUUGCCAUCACGAGGGGGCAGACGUUACCUUCCACUUCAGUCCUCAGUUUGAUAUUGACAAAACUGUGCUCAACACAUUUUGGGAUGGGAAGUGGGGAAAGGCAGAACAUCACAAGAUGCCCUUCCGAAAGGGUGAGAAAUUUGAAAUCAUCUUCAUUGUCAAUAAUACUGGAUACCAGGUCUUGGUGAACAGGAACCCCCUUUGUACCUAUAGGCACAGAAUUCCACCACAAAGGGUGCAGGACAUCAAUGUCGAUGGAAAUUUGCAGCUGCAUUCUCUGAUCGUGAUGGGAGGACCAACAAAGGGGAACAUGCCGGUGCCCUACAUAUGCGACAUCCCUGGAGGUCUAAAAGCCAACAGGACCAUCACAGUACGAGGGUCUAUUCCGAAGAACGCUAAAAGGUUUGAAAUCAAGUUUAUGGCUGGCCAGGACAUCGCUCUGUCCAUUAGUCCACACCUGGAAAAGAGAACUAUGGUGUGCAACAGUUUUCUGAAUGGCAGCUGGGAACCUGAGGAACGCAACUUGCUCUUUAAUCUUUUCCAGUCUGAGAAGUACUUUGAGCUCUCAAUCCACUGUGACAACCACAAGUUCAAGAUUUAUGCCAACAGCCAGCCCUUCUUCAGCUACGCCCAUCGUUAUGUCCCUAUUGAAAACAUCAAAACUAUCAAGAUCACAGGAAAUGUGACCCUUUCCUACAUCACGUACUAA